UCUUCUAACUUGUUCAUCCAUGGCGGUGUUGGGUCGUAGGGACAAAGCGCAACAGUCACUACGAUCUCGGAUCGCAAUAGCCAUUGUCAUCGGAGUUGUCAUUGGUUGUCUCAUCGCUUUCUAUUUCCCUCAUGGCCUCGUCAUUUCCUAUCCCUCGGUUCGAACUCGUCCAUUCGGCAUUUCCAAUAUCCAGGUCGAUUCUUCUCCGUGCGAAUCCUCGGAGCAGAUUAAGAUACUGAAGUCCGAAUUCGUCUCGCUGUCGGAGAAUAAUUCCGAUUUAAAGAGGCAGAUCAGGGAUUUGAAAUAUAAGCUUCGACUUGUUGAACAAGGAAAAGAUCAUGCAGAGAAGCAGUUCUUGGUGUUGGGUGAACAGUACAAAGCUGGACCUUUCGGUACCGUCAAGGCUUUACGAACUAGCCCGACCGUCAUUCCCGAUACAUCGGUGAACCCGAGGUUGGCUAAGAUCUUGGAGGAAGUUGCCCUCGAGAAAGAACUUAUCGUGGCUCUUGCCAAUUCAAAUGUGAAAGAGACAUUGGAGGUUUGGUUUUCUAGCAUCAAGAGAGUUGGUAUAAGUAAUUAUCUUGUUAUAGCUUUAGAUGAUUACAUUGUCGAGUUCUGCAAAUCGAAUGAUGUCCCGGUGUACAAGAGGGAUUCGGACGAGGGUAUCGAUGCUGUCGGUAAAACUGGAGGCAAUCACGCCGUCUCCGGAUUGAAGUUCCGAAUUUUGAGGGAGUUUUUGCAACUGGGAUAUAGUGUUCUGCUCUCGGAUGUUGAUAUAGUGUACUUGCAGAAUCCGUUCAACCAUCUUUAUCGCGAUUCCGAUGUCGAGUCCAUGACCGAUGGUCACAAUAACGUGACUGCAUAUGGAUAUAACGAUGUCUUCGACGAGCCCGCCAUGGGAUGGGCACGAUUUGCUCAUACAAUGAGAAUCUGGGUUUUCAACUCUGGUUUCUUUUAUAUGAGGCCUACGAUUGCUUCGAUUGAGCUUUUGGAUCGCGUCGCGGACCACCUUGCUCGGCAGGAAAACUCAUGGGACCAAGCUGUUUUUAAUGAGGAACUCUUCUUUCCAUCACAUCCUGGGUAUGAUGGCCUUCAUGCCGCUAAAAGAACUAUGGAUUUCUACAUGUUUAUGAACAGUAAAGUCCUGUUUAAAACAGUGAGAAAAGAUGAUAAACCGAACAAGUUAAAGCCUGUUAUUGUUCAUGUGAAUUACCACCCGGAUAAACUUCAAAGAAUGAAAGCAGUCGUCGAAUUCUACAUCGAUGGCAAGCGAGACGCAUUGGACGCUUUCCCGGAUGGUUCGGAAUAACAGUUGCACAGCUGCGGAUCUCAUGUUAUUCUGAUGGAUCGGCCCGUCGGUUCGGUUGUUGUUGCAGAGUCCCUUGAUAGGGGAAAGUUAAAACUUUGUUAAGGGUUUUA